UUCUUGGCAGCGAAGGAAGAGGGAGGGGACAUUUUUAAUGGCAGACACAGGCUGGACAAUAUGUAUAAAGUCUGAAAUAUGAAUUAAUUUCAGUCAUUCAUAUCGUUAUAUUUGAAGCUAAUAUAAUAGGUUUCAUUUGCACGUGACAAUUGGCACAGUUUUCUUCUGUUACAGAGUUGAAUUUAAUUUCGUUCUGCGGAGUUACGCGAUUGUUUUGUGCGGUUGGCUAACUACUAGCAAGCUAGCUACUGUAGGCUAGUGCUAGUUAUAGCCUGGCUAUAUCUAAAGACGAGGCCCGGCCGGCUGCAGAAUAAGUGAGAAUAUGUAACAUCCCUCAAUCAGCAUGACAUCUAGAUUUGGUAAAACAUACAGCCGCAAAGGAGGGGAGGCCAACUCCAAAUUUGACGAGGUCUUCUCCAACAAGAAGGCCACCCUGAGCACCAAAUGGGGCGAGACGACCUACAAGGCCCAGCUGGGCUCCAAAAGGCCGGCCCUGAAGCCGGAGGUUGUGGAGUUACCCAAGAGACCCAGGGUCGAAGACGACGACAGUUCCGAGGACCCGUUUGGCUUCGACAGCGACGAGGAGUCCAAGCCUGUCACCUCCCAUGGCGGCCCGCAGACUAAAACGGAGGUGGCGGAGGCACCGAAGGCAGUGCCAGGCCAGGGGAGCAGCGGGGGAAACACAGCCUCGGCACACGGCAGUAGGGACUCAAACGCCACGUCUACAUUCAAGCCAACGACAGGUGAAGGUGUUGCAAAGAACAGCCAGUCCUGGUACAGGAACACCCAAGACGAUAACCAGAGGCCGCCCAUUGCUCAGUCCACCCUGUCAAAGACCGUCUCCAUGGAGAUGUCAGAGGACUGGGACUCAGCGGGGAGACAGAUUCCCUCCUCCUCUCCGAGCAUGGACCCAAGCGCCCCGGGGCCCAGCGUGGACGCGCAGGACAGGCUGUCCUCUGAGAGAGGGAUGGGUGCGGACCAGACGCCCCCAGCAGAGCCGGUGGAGACCAUCGCCCCCUCCCCGUUCCUCCUCCGACCCUCCAACUGCAAGAAGUACCAGCGGCCAAACCGCUCCAACAAGGCGCCCGACACCGAGGCCAGUGAAGGCCAGCCGCCGGGCAGCGGGUCGACCACACUGAAGCCCAACAGCAUGUCCUCGGCCGGUGGUAGCACCAGCGCCGUGGGUAACGCCAGCGCGGCGGCGGCCAAGCCGGCCGGGAGGGGCAGGGGACGGGUACGGGACUUCACGGUGCUCCACCCCUCCUGUCUGUCUGUGUGCAACGUCACCAUCCAGGACUCGAUGGAGCGCAGCAUGGACGAGCUGUCCACCACCGCGCCCCCGGCUGACCUGGGCGAGGCCGGGCAGAUGAAGAAGAAGACGGAUGCUCCCCCUCCCAAGCCCACACGGUUCCGGCCCACCCAGAGCAAAACCAAAAAGGAGACCAAGCUGGAGUUCUUUGGCUUCGAGGACAAGGAGGGCCAGGAGGGCGAGGAGGGGGUCGACUCCGGCACCGGCGGCAGCAGCAGCUACAAGAUCAAGUACUUCGGCUUUGACGACCUCAGCGAGAGCGAGAGCGAUGAGGACGAGGAGAGCUCACAGGCCGCUGAGAAGCGGAAGGCCAAGAAGGCGGCGGCUGCGGCGGCGGCCACGUCUGCCGGCGUCAACAGCCCUCCGCUCAGCGACUCCCAGGACAGCCAGAGCAGCAGCAACGCAGAUAUUCUGGAGUUCAGUGACGACUCGAGCCCAGGGGGGUCGGAGGGUCAGAAAGGUUGCCCAGGGAAACAGGGGGACAAGUCCAAAGACUUGGGCAGGAAGAUCUUCAGCGGACCCAAGAAGGUCGGAAAGUCUCCUGCUAAAGCUGUGUAUAACGCUCGCCACUGGAACCAGCCUGAGAGCGAAGAGAUGCCCCCCCCGCCUGCGCUCUCCCGCGCCCACACCGCUCCGGCCAGUCUGUCAAGCAGCAGUAAAGACCCAAACACCAAGAGCCACAAAGAUGAUGGCCUGUUCAAGGCUCCUCCCCCCCCACCCAAGGUCAUUAAGUCUGUGACCAUCCCCACCCAACCCUACCAGGACAUCGUCACAGCACUCAAAUGCAGGAAGGAACACAAGGAGCUCUACACGGUGGUGCAGCAUGUCAAGCACUUCAAUGACGUGGUGGAGUUUGGAGAGAACCAGGAGUUCACCGACGACUUUGAGUACCUGGAGACGGGCUUGAAGAGCAGCCAGCCUCUGAACACACGGUGCCUUAGUAUAAUCAGCCUGGCUACCAGGUGUGCCAUGCCCAGCUUCCGGAUGCAUCUGCGGGCCAGAGGGAAGGUGGCUCAGGUCUUCAAGAUGCUCAGCGACUCCCCUCAGCACCCUAACCUGGCCCUGUGCACGGCCUCCCUCAUGUACAUCCUGAGCCGGGACCGUCUGAACAUGGACCUGGACCGGGCCAGCCUGGAGCUGAUGCUGCGCCUGCUGGAACAGGAACAGGAGCAGGACCUGGCGGCCCAUCAGGACCAGCUCACCCCCAAGGAGGUGGCCAAGGUCAAGGAGAAGAUCCGCAAGCUGUGCGAGACGGUCCACAACAAGCACCUGGACCUGGAGAACAUCACGUCGGGUCACCUGGCCAUGGAGACCCUCCUGUCACUGACGUCCAAACGAGCUGGAGACUGGUUCAAAGAGGAGCUGCGUCUGCUGGGAGGCCUGGACCACAUCGUAGACAAAGUGAAGGAAUGUGUGCAGAACCUGAGCCAGGAGGAAGAUAAGGAGAAUCUGGUGGCGUCCUUAUGGGGCGCUGAGAGGUGCCUGAGAGUCCUGGAGAGUGUGACGGUGCAGAACCUAGAGAACCAGAGCUACCUGAUCGCCUACAAGGACUCCCAGCUCAUCAUCUCCUCUACCAGAGGCCUGCAGUACUGCGAGGAGAUGAUCCAGCGCUACAGCCGGGAGGUGAACGUGUCUCUGAGCUCUUCAGGCACGGCUCUGCCUCACUGCAGCUUCAGCAACGUGGGCAAGGCUGUGGAGGACUGCAUGAGGGCCGUGAUCGGAGUGCUGCUCAACCUCACCCACGACAACGAGUGGGGCAGCACCAAGACAGGAGAACAGGACCAGCUCAUUCCAACAGCCCUCAACUGCGUCCUCAGAGUCCCCCGCUACCUGCCGCAAGAGCAGCGCUUUGACAUCCGAGUCCUGGGCCUGGGGCUGCUGAUUAACCUGGUGGAGUACAGCGCCAGGAACCGCCACUGUCUGGUGGACAUGGACUUCACAGCCCCCAGCUUCCCUGAGGACAGCCUGCCCCAGGCACAGGAAGAAAGAGAGCAGGCCCCGGCCUCUCAGGCCCCGGCCUCCCAGGCCCCGGCCUCUCAGGCCCCGGCCUCCCAGGCCCCGGCCUCGCAGCCUGGUGCAGCCCCCAGCGAGCCCACCGCCCCGGGGCCUGAGGAGCAGAUCAAGCCCCCUGGCUCUGGAGCUUUGGAAGCUCUCGUGCAGUUCUUCCUGGAGCGCGAGCGAGCAGCCAUACAGGCCGAGGCGCAGACUGAUGACCUCAUCAGCGAGGCGCCCAAGCCGCAGCACGACCAGAGCGGCCAAUGGCAGGAGACCUCGGGGGAGAUCCAGUGGGUCGCCGCGGAGAACAACGACAGCGAGAACGACAAGGAGAAGGAGAAGAAAGAGGAGGAGGAGGAGGAGCUGGACCUCAACAAAGCUCUGCAGCAUGCUGGGAAACACAUGGAGGACAGCAUCGUGGCCUCCUACACUGCCCUGCUGCUGGGCUGUCUCUGUCAGGGCAGUCAGGUCAACGUGACCACUGUGAGGGAGACUCUGCCCAAGGGAGACUUCUCCAUCAUGACUGAGAUGCUGAAGAAGUUCCUGAACUUUAUGAACCUCACGUGUGCCAUGGGCAGCACAGGGCAGAAGUCCAUUUCCCGGGUCAUAGACUACCUCGAGCACUGCUAACCAGACGGGUCUCACGUCCCCUCGCUGCCGGCGACAAGACCUCUGCAACACCGCCUGGAGCCACCAGGGGGCGCCUGGGCCCACGCUCUCUCUCCACUGCAACCUGCUGACGUCCUCUUUCUCUCUCUCU